GUGUUAACUUCCGUGGACGACCUGGACGUCUCUGUGAAAUGCUGUGCGGUCUGAGCAGGAUUCAACUGAGCUAUAAAAAGCAGGAGGGGAAGGGAGGGCCGCCGCGUUGCAGGGACAGAGGACACAGACAGAGCAGCAGAACCCCAAGCACUGAACUAGAGCCACGCAACGCGUCAAGAGUUAAAGGAAAACUCUUCAACAUGGCGGACAAAAUAAAGGAUGCCAAGAUUAUCUUUGUGGUGGGUGGGCCUGGCUCUGGUAAGGGCACCCAGUGUGAGAAGGUGGUGGCAAAGUACGGCUACACCCACCUGUCUUCUGGGGACCUGUUGCGCGCUGAGGUGUCUUCUGGCUCCGAGAGGGGCCUGCAGCUACAGGCCAUUAUGCAGAAAGGAGAGCUUGUACCCCUAGACACAGUCUUAGACAUGAUCAAGGAUGCCAUGAUAGCCAAGGCUGAUGUGUCUAAGGGCUUCCUUAUUGACGGCUAUCCCCGUGAGGUCAAACAGGGAGAAGAGUUUGAGAAAAAGAUCGGCGCUCCCUGUCUGCUGCUGUACAUUGAUGCCAAGGCUGAGACCAUGGUAAAGAGGUUGAUGAAGCGUGGCGAGACCAGCGGCCGUGCUGAUGACAACGAGGAGACCAUCAAGAAGCGCCUGGACCUGUACUACAAAGCCACUGAGCCAGUCAUUGCCUUCUACGAGAGCCGUGGCAUUGUCAGGAAGAUUGACUCUGAGUUGCCAGUGGAUGAAGUUUUUGGUCAUGUUGCCAAAGCUAUUGAUGCCCUUAAGUAAAAAAAAAACUAAAAACCAUGACUGGGUGAACUUUUUGGUGUUUUUAUAUCUAUGUGUACAUCUCAUGACAUAGAAAUCAACAAACUGCUGUGUCUUCUUGGUUUGAAAGAAAGGUCAUACAGGAACAGCUAUGCCUUAACUCCAACUUAACACCUUUGACAAUAACUUACUGUAUGAGGCCACUUACAGUAACAAAACCAGCACUCACAAGAUUGUUUGUUGCUGUUUGGUCUGCUGUGUGCUGUUUGUGCACAAUUUUUUGUUAAUUGUCUUGUGUGUGUGUAAGAGAGAGAGUGAGUUGAGUGUGUGUAUGUAUAGAAAUAUGCAAGUUCUCACCUACUGUUCCUUUUUUUUCUUUCCUUUAAUUAAACCGUUACCAUUUAGACUCUGACCUAA